AUGUCCGGUGACAUCACAUCAAUGACUAAGAUAGGAACAUUUGGUAAUCUCGACCGUCAAAAUCACCCGGAGUCCGGAAUUGAUGGAAGGCACCGCGGUGGAGUCAUGUGCCGCCAAGUCAUCAAGUUUACAGCACACUUAUCCUUUCCAGUCAAUAUGGCAAAGACAAAACAAAAGGGAAUCACAUACACCCCUCCUACGAAGCAAUUGCCUCAGCUGUAUAAGCUCAAAGAAAAAAACACAACCAGAGGAUCCAGGUCAUCUUGGGUGAAAGAUUCAUGGGCUCGGAAAACACAUUCGGUAACAUCAUUGCCGAAAAAAUCUCCCUCGAAGCAUACAUCCGGGUCCCCUCACUUGCUAUAUGAAGGUGCCGACUUUGACUUUGACCAAGAGAAGCCCCUCCAGCAGAACGACUUUGCUCAGUUUGCAAGAAGGAUGGAGUGUAUAGAUGUCAUGGCUGUUUCAAUGAGCCACUCUUUUGCACAGACUGUUGCAGAAUUCGGCAUCAAAGACAUCCAUUCCAUCGCAUCAGUCAAUGGACCAGAUCAUUUUUUCAAAACUUCACUCACUAAAGUUGGCCUGCACAUUCACCUUGCUCAUGACGGCACUCCAUGUCCCAGCAGCACCAAUUAUUCAUCAGACUUCUUUCAAUGGUCAGAUACCGACGCCGACAACAAUAUAGAUAAUGACUAUCCAGAGGGACCUUUCUUUCAACCGGUCAGAGACCCAGAUCAUCCGGCAAUAACUGUAGUAGACAAGUCCGGUGUUCACUCCCUUUCCAUAUGGUAUUCCCACUGCCCCAGUGCUCUUAGCCAAGACAUGCAGCUCUUUCAAGCAGGCUUGUUCCUGGCAUCUUUCACCAGACCAAAAACUGCAUUCACAUUUGCUGUCUUGGACGACUUUCUGUUGGACAAUCUCGAGUGCCGUACAUCGGCCAUGAAUUACUACAGCAAAAUUUGCAGACUCACCUCGAGCAUAUUUCCGCUGAUGGUUCCGGAUCGCUACAGAGAGCUCAUGAGAGCUGCCAGGCAGUGGCGACAAUGCAAACUUUGCAAGUGGCAUGGAUUUGCCCACAAAGAUGACAAGCCAAAGGACGGUGAUCUCGCUCUAUUUUGCCCGGCAUGUCCGCAGCCCGGUAUAAACUUGGACCUGUCUGCCGGUACAGUCGCCCAGCUGGACGAUACACCUUCCUGGCUCAUGACUAGAUAUUUGGUCAUGGAUGGAAAAUUCAAAGCUGAGCACAUGCAUGCGGUGAAUCCAUCCGAUGAAGUGUCAUUGAUGGAUGGUCUGGGGUUCAUGGUCUCCGAUGAAAGAUACAAGAGUCAUUUGGCCAUUGCCCGAGACCAUGUCCAAAGGUCAGAUUGCAAUAAUCACCGGGCUGUCAAUCAAGCAAACGCCUCCCGGCAGAGGUUGGAAGCCACCGGUAUAGGAGGAUGUGCAUGUGCACGCAUGGAUGUUUUGUCCCACAUUCCAUGGUGGACUUUCAGAAAGGCGAAAGGUUGGCAGAUGAACAUGGACUAUGCAUUAAGUCAAGCGCUCAACUACAAGACCGACGGAAUAUCUCGCGCCAUAACUUUCUAUGACAUAAAUUGUCAGUACAAUAAGUAUUUGAAGGACCGGAUCACUUCCAGCAUGUAUCUUUCCAUACCAACCGGUAUGGAUAUCAUUCCCGGAAUAGAUGGAGAGAUUAUGGAGACCCUCUGGGCGCCUUUGAAUAUAAUCUCUCCUUCGGCCAGGGGCAUGGGAACUCCCCAUCGCAAGGAGGUAUUGGACUAUCAGAUGAAUGAUUGCAACUUUAUGAAAAUGAUUUGUAUAAUCUGUACUGAUAUAAUACAUGUCCGGUUGGCACGUCCGGUAGCCAAGUUUCUGUCCAGAAAGUUGAAAGAGGCUAUUAAGGGUGCUGCGGAGAGCACACUUGCGUUUUAUAAUCUCAAUGAGACAGCCCACCCUGACAUGGUCAUUCUUUGGGAGGCAGAGGAGACACUCGCUCAUGAGAACAGAGCCGAUGAUCCUACAGCUAUGGACAUCUAUGAGGCUCAAAAUCGCCCUGAACAUCCGGACAUCAACCCCCCCGGUCACCGAGGAGCCGCCACCUGGCUCGCAACCGGUCUCACCAUAGAGGAAUCCCAAAUCUCUCUCUCCAAGGAUGUGAAACGUUUACGAAUGCAUCCAACAGAUAUGCAACUGUUGAGAGUGGCGCGAUGCCGGGAUAAGCUUCAUACUCAGAUCACGAGCUUUCUCGAGAUGGCACCUACUUAUCUUGGAGUUGAAGUCGAUGUCAAUGACCCGGAUGCUCCUGUGAAUAAUGUCCAUAAUUCACUCCAUGACCAUGGUGAAGAUUACUCUGAUCUCGACGAUGAUCAAAAUCCUGAUCCGGACCCACUCGACACUUCCAUAUUUCAACCGGAGCUCACUGUCAUACCUCUGCCAUCCAACAUUGGUGAGGUGAGGUGCAGGGAGUUAGGUCUCACCAAUCUCAUGAAAGAAGAAAUUGCCCUCAGAGAAGGCCAGGCAAAUGACGCACUCCAUGCCAUUAGAGUUCAUUUAGGAGAUAAAGCCCUUAUAUUCCGCAAUACUGUCCGGUCGGCCAAGUCACAGGCAUCAUCUACUAGGGCAUGGACUCGAGUUCGCUCGGUGGAAACAGCUGUAAAUCUCAAUGCAAAAAUACCUUCCUUUGAAAAAGACCUCAAAGCCAGCUCUGCAGUGGCCAAUCCAAAUGCAUGUGGUCAGAGGGACACCACUCUUUCAUGGUUCUGGUCUCUGGAUGUCCAGGGCGACACAUCAGGAAACGACUGGAUGACAGAAUGUCGUCCGGUCUCACAGGUUUUCAUAAUAGUUUACCGGGUUAAUUGGCUCUGGACGAAAGCACUGUGCAAUCGUUGGAAUGAGGAAGUUAUUCUUGUCAAACAUGAAAUGCAGUGGUCAAUCAAUUUCUUUAACCACAGAGCCAAGCAAUGGCUCGGUCACAUGCGCAAUGCCACUUCUGCCGGGCUCACCGGACAUGCAUGUUAUGCUGCCAGACAAUCUCACAUAUAUGAGCAACUAGCAGCACACGCAGAGGAUUCUUUUCAGAAAAUGCUGGUUCAGCUAGAAGUACCGGUACUGGUCAACAUUGUUGGUGGUACCGCUUGUCUGUCACACUAUUGCAUCACAUUCCUCUCCAUGAACAAUACUGUAACUCUCAUCCCAUCUGACCAAGUCAUCAUUGCCGCCAAGGGCAAUCAAAUCACAGCUGCAGAUAUCUCUCGCGCCCUAUUCUAUGCUAAUUCCCGUCUGCUGGCCAUGCGCCUGCACAUUGACAAGAGUUUUGCUCCUGCGGUGCCUGGUUAUGCAGAAUGUUUCUACACCCUGAUCAAAUGGGAGAUGGAGGAUGUGCUUUCAACCAUGACUGCACACACAUUGGCGGACCGGCGACUGGAUGUCAAUGCCGUUUUCCAGGAUAUCCGGGCCUUGCGCCUCUCUGCAGAUUCAAACACAUCCGAUGACUAUGACAUUGCUCAUAUGCCGGACUACUUCAAUGACUGGUGGAAGGAAUCACUUGGUUGUUGCAGGGUUUCAGACAUGUUACCCAAGUCAUGUGUCCAAGAUGUUAUGGACUUGGUUAGAUGGCACUUUUCACAGCUGUGUAUCCAUGUCACAGUAGACUACAAUCCAAUGUCUGCCGCUAUCUGGUCGAUCUAUUACACGAUCAUGACAUAUUUACCAGAAUGUCGUGUGAAUAUUGAGCUAUUUGUUCCAACCCAUAACAGUGCCAUGGUUACCAUUCCACUUGACUGGGCCUUGUACCAGACCUACCUUGCCGGUGAAUUGGUGCAUGAGAUUUUCACGUCUACAAUUCUUCACCGACCGGUAAAGAAUAUGGACCUUGGUCUCUUGGAUAUCGACACUUGUAUAGCUUUGGAGCAGCUCACCAAUGUGAUGGCCACUGCUUACUCUAACGCCGGUAGUGAGAAACGAGAGGAGAUUCUUUUCAACAAAUUUCCUCCUGAAGAGGAUCAUUUCUUGACAACCCCAUCUGUUGUCAUUGAUUCCAGCGGUAGAAUCAUUGUCUGGUAUUUACCCGGAGCACUGACAGCCAUGAUAAUGAGCGAUAUUCAUGGUGCUUCACAUUCCAUGAGUGGUUUAUUGAAACACAGCAUAACGACAGGCAAGAUUUCUCAAUGGAGGACCCACCGGUCCAACCUUCACCCAAGUCCGGAUGGAAUGAUCACUCCCGGUUGCAUCAAUAUAUCCCCUGCAUGGUUUCAGCAAGGAAGAGAGAAACAUGGCUUCCCAAAUCUCGACCCGGAAGAUGGCUUCUCACCAGAGGUAUCAGCGGCACUGAAAGGUGAAGCUGGUUGCAAGAUUAUGGUAUCCCUUCAAAGGUCCGGUAUCAUUGUCUCUGCUGCACUUCGAGUCAUACACCCUGAUCUUUAUUGGGCCAGAAUGGAAACUCAAGUCAGGCUUGGUACAUGGGCUGCACAAUAUGGAUUAGACGACAUGCACCAUCAUCUUCAACGCUGGACAUCCGUUUUUAACGUGGUAUCGAUCAUAUGCAAUCACUGGACACCCCCUCAUAGAGAUCCCAAAUGUCGACCGGCAGCAUUUGAUAUCAUGACGACUGCUGGUGUUUAUCACCUGGCCAUCAUGGAUUUUAUGAACCUUGGUAUCAAAUUUCUAUACGACUCUGGCUCAAUAUUGGCUUCAUCAUGUCGACUGGUGAGACAUUACAUGAACGUGGAAGAGGGUAACAGGAUUGUCACUGCGUGGUACAUGCGAGACAGCAUCCACAAUUUUGUUGGGACUCCAAGCAUGGAGUAUGCAAAAUAUGACCAUGUAUUCAGUCACGUACAUGUUGCCUGUCAAUCUCAUUUGAUAUCAUAG